GGAGAGGAAGAGGAGAUAAAACCAUGAAGGAGGACCUUGCUAGUCUAUCACACUGGAACAUGGCGUUCACCGAUUGCAUGAAACUCACAGACUUGUCCAAAGACAAAAAAGGGAUGAAGGUGAAAAACUGGAAAACCAGAAUUGGUCUCUUCUUGAAGACAAACUCGCUUCAUUCAAUGAAGGACAAAUCCCACAGGCCAACUGCAGAUGAUGUGAACCAAUGGGCGCAGUCACUAGACAAACUACUCGGUCAUAAAUACGGAAAGGCUGCUUUUUACAUCUUCUUGAAGACCGAGUUCUGUGAAGAGAACAUUGAGUUUUGGACAGCGUGUGAGGAUUUCAGGAUGCUGUCAUCACACCAAGAAUUGACGUCCAAGGCCAACAGCAUUUACGAGGAAUUCAUUAAAAAUGAAGCUCCCAAAGAGGUGAACCUUGACUUUUACACAAAAAAUGAUAUAAUCCAGAGUCUCCAUGAGCCAAAUGCGACCAGCUUUUUGGCAGCUCAGAGAAAGAUCUACUGCCUGAUGGAGAACAACUCCUACCCAAGGUUUAUCCUCUCUGACCUCUACAAAGAACUGUGUGCAGCUGCAAGGAGACGAAACAACACCUCGUGAUUAAUCUACUCCUAAAUAUGCGAAUGGACCAAUAAUGAAGUUCUGCACUCAAAGAGACUCUAAUACUGAGCAUAAACAUUCACAACAAGUGUGGAAAAUACACAACAUAAGCUGUUUUAAGCAUGAAGCACUUUCAACAAUGAUGGCUGCUUGACGACAAAGGAUGUCUUUCAUUACUGCCUGAUGUGAUUUCAUGUAUAUGUUCUGGACUGGUCCAUUGAAAUGUAUUAUACUGUGAUAUUCACAGCUGCAAGACACCAGCACGCGCUUUAGUCAGAAGCACGGAUAUCUUACAAUACGCUCAAGAGCUGAUUUUGUAGCUUUUGAAUCACCAGUGAAUGUUUUUACACAUAAUAUGCUAUUUGCCAUUUGUAUCCAGUGGACCAUCAGAAGACCCUAAUGUAUUUUGCUAACAGAUACUGUAUUGCAUUUGGGGCAGCUGGCCUGCUCUAAAAUUAAAACACAU